AUGCGAACGGAGCUGCUCACCGCACUAUUGGGAGUAGUAGUAGUUCGGGUGUGGAGUUCUGAUAAAUGUGCUGCUUUCCUUGGUAUAGGACUCCCUCGCGAUUCAUUCGCCAGUCCAAAGUAUCCCAAUGUUUAUCCACCUAAUCAGGACUGCGUCCGAACAAUACGUCUCACAUCCCCUGGUUAUGACAUGCGCGUUGUAUUUAGAGAAUUCUUCCAGGUUGAAUCGUCAUAUGAUGGCUCACGAAAUGUACAUGACGUCACAUCGGAUUGUCCGAAUGAUUUCUUAGAGUUUCGAGAUGGGAGAUAUGGGUUUUCCCCAUUGCUAGGACGUUUUUGUGGUAUGCAAAUACCAACAGACAAUAUAUUAGCCAAAUCUGGAUAUUUAUGGGUAAGAUUUCGCUCUGAUGAUCAGUUGCAAUAUCGGGGAUUUCAUGCGAGUUUAGAAUUAGUUCGAUCAAAGAGUCAGCAUUUGUCUAAACAAUAUGAAUGUCAUUUUGACAAGCUGGGAGGACUUGAUGGAACUGUUGAUAUACGUUCUCUUUCUGAUUCAAUUGAUCCAAGCAGCUCACUAGAUUGCGUUUGGAGAAUUCAAGUUGAACCCCGAUAUCAUAUUGUUUUCUAUAUCAACGAGUUUAUCUUAAAAUAUCCCAAUCAAUGCAGCCAGAACUUCAUCGAAAUCUAUUCGGGGGAGAAAUCUAAUCAGCCAAUUCGCAAAUUCUGCGGUUUAUCAGCUUCAACUGUUUUCACUUCUCAUCAUCAAAUGUACAUUCGAGUGUUUCUCUCUUCAUCUUCUUAUCUCAAUAGUACUUUUUUCAGUGGAAUGUACUCUGCCUAUUAUAGAUAUAAAAAUUGCUCUGCUCAUUCUAUGCUCAGUUGCGGUGAUGAAAACUGUGUACCCGAAGCUUUAGCUUGUAAUCAGCGUAAUAACUGUCCUUAUGGACGAGAUGAGACGAACUGUCACGUUGCUCAUGAUCUUGUCGUUCGAUUGGCUACCUCCUCUUACACACCUUUGAUAUUCAUAAUAUUUAUUGUUUGUUGUGUCGUUAGUCUUCUGGUCUUCUGGAGUGUUUAUACCAGAUCAUUCUGCCGGCGUAGGACUACCAGUUAUGCCGAGUAUCUUAACGAACUAACACAACGUCCUUUGCAACAAUUCAUGGGAUGCCCUCGAGGUGUUUCACCUCUGAAUGUGACGAACGUCAUCAUGUCCAUCCCUAUCAGAACGGUUGAAACUGAAGAUGUGGUGAUGUCCUCUCUUGAAGAAUCACGCUCAGAUUGCAACCUCACUGGUACUGCCACAACAAUAUCUUCACUAUCUUCCUUAAACAAAAUCUAUGCUUAUGAUGAAUGUCCUCGCUCUGAUGAAGAGUUUGUGGAUAAGCCUUCCACUUCUGCUGGAUCAGAAGACAUGGACGCAACGCCUAGAACAGCAUUCCAACCAUAUGUUAAUCCAAAUCAAAGCUUUGAUCCUAUACUACAGGAAAUGCUAUUAUCAUCACCAUCACACCUCUUCAAUGUUGGAUUGCUUCCUGCUGAUGCGCUCGUUUCAUCAUGGGAGCAAUGGCUUUGCUUGUUAGCUUCAAAUUUGACACCAACUCAAUGGCAGGGUUAUUGGAACGCCUAUGCGGCUGUCUUUGGAGUUGCAUCUGUACCCAUUCACCUUCUUUCAUUUUUUCGUCACUCAUAUCCAAGCCAUGAAGUUUCUGCAAAUGAUAAUGGAAUUAAUAAUAAUGAUCAAUAUUUAUUUUACGGUUAG